AUGCUAUUGCAAAUAUUUGUAUCUCUGCUAGCACACUGGACGCGACUAGUAUGGGGCGUAUUCGAGUGUGGAAGCCAUGAAACAACGGCAUUCGUUAGAAUAGCGAGAGCUCGUUUGGCCGGAACACCGGUUGUGGUAUCCACAGCCGGACAUGACCUCACUUGCGCCCAAUAUUGCCGAAAUAAUAUUGAGCCAACCACAGGUGCCCAAAGGGUUUGCGCUUCAUUCAACUUCGACGGUCGCGAAACGUGCUACUUUUUUGACGAUGCUGCCAGUCCAGCAGGUACUUCCGAUUUGGCACCAAAUCCGUCGGCGAACAACUUUUAUUAUGAAAAAACUUGUCUUCCGGGUGUUAGUGCGCACGAAGCUUGCACGUACCGGUCAUUUUCGUUCGAAAGGACUCGAAAAACCGCGCUGGAAGGCUUCGUUCGCAAAUCCGUACAGGUAGGUUCUCGGGAGCAGUGCCUGUCAGCAUGCCUUAAAGAGGAGGAAUUUGUUUGUCGUUCAGUGAAUUACAAUUAUGACAGUUAUUUAUGCGAGCUGUCAACGGAAGACCGACGCUCCAAGCCGAAUCAUUUGCGACAGAGCGAUUCACCCGUCGACUACUAUGAUAACAAUUGUCUUUCGCGUCAAAAUCGAUGCGGUGAAGCAGGUGGUAACCUGAUUUUUGUAAAGACGACCAAUUUUGAAAUACAUUUUUAUGAUCAUACACAGUCAGUUGAAGCGCAAGAAUCGUUUUGCCUACAGAAAUGUCUGGACUCCUUAAACACAUUUUGUCGGUCUGUGGAAUUUAGUCCAUCUGAGAAAAAUUGUAUUGUGAGUGACGAAGACACAUUUUCGAGAGCUGAUCAACAGGGACAUAUUCAGGGCAAGGACUACUACGAACCUGUUUGCGUUGCGGGUAUUUUUUCAUAUUUUACAAAUUGUCAUUAUGCAAUUUAA